AUGGCACAGCAAGGAGGUGUGGCAUUGAUUGAUCCGUCGCAAUUGCUGCGUCCGGAGCCGACAUUCAACGAUAAGCCUAUCGACGCCUUCCGAGACUACACCAUUGAUGACUCCGAUCCCAACAAGGAGAGAGUACGCAGGACUUACUAUGACAUGCACACAAAUGUCACCGUAGACUUGGUUAAGCAAAAGCGCGAAAAAUGGCUGAAGUUCAAUACCUGCAAAAUGACAAUCAAGGAAGCUUUAAUUAAGCUGAAUGAGUUGGUAGACGAGUCCGACCCCGACACCGAUCUGCCUAACAUCGUACACGCCUUCCAGACCGCCGAGAGGAUUAGGGAAGAUCAUCCCAAUGAAGACUGGUUCCAUCUGACUGGACUUCUUCAUGACCUGGGCAAGAUCAUGGCGUUCUACGACGAACCACAAUGGUGCGUGGUAGGAGAUACCUUUCCCGUUGGAUGCAAGUGGGCUGACUCCAUCGUGUACGGACCCGAGAGCUUCAAAGACAACCCUGACACUUACAACCCUAAGUACAACACCAAGUAUGGCAUGUACAAACCUCACUGUGGAUUGGACAACCUACUAAUAUCGUGGAGCCACGACGAAUACCUGUAUCAGUUUCUUAAGCACAACAAAUGCACGAUCCCUGAGAAGGGACUGUACAUGAUUAGAUACCAUUCGCUAUACCCGUGGCACGCAGGCGGUGACUACCGUCACCUCACCAACGAGAAAGACGAGGAAAUUCUUAAGUGGGUGCUCGAGUUUAACAAAUACGACUUGUACACUAAAAGCACGACGGUACCUGACAUCGAAGCUCUAUGGCCCUACUAUGACAAACUCAUCGAAAAAUACAUCCCUGGAGUCUGCGAAUUUUAA